AUGGUAGACGAUUGGAACACUAAGUUCGAGGCGCGAAAUAAGCCAACUGUCAUUGUUCAAGGAGGUGCUCCAUCAGUAGUCGUUGUUUCUCCACAACAAGGCUAUGCCGCACCACCACCACAAGGAUACCCUCCACAAGGAUAUCCACCACAAGGAUAUGCCCCACCACCACAAGGAUAUGCUCCACCUCCACAAGGAUAUGCCCCACCACCACAAGGAGGAUACCCUCCCCAAGCAUAUGAUCCAAACUAUCCACCUCCAGGUUAUGUCCCACCCCAACCAUAUGCUCCACCACCAGGUCCUAACUAA